AUGGGAGGCGGCCAGUGGUUUCCUCACGAGAAUUCGACAGAAACACACUUGGAGGAUCAGAGUUCUAACAAUCUGUACGCCGUAGUCGAUAUAGGAAGUAAUGGCAUUCGAUUCUCUAUAUCCGAUCUCUCACCACCUACUGGGCGUAUUAUUCCUACAGUGCAUUCUCAUCGCGUCGGAAUAUCCCUGUAUGAUGCUCAAUACGACACCAAGACAGGCUCUAAGAUCCCCGUUUCUCAGUCUGUAAUUCGAUCUAUAAUUGGGGCAAUCUUGCGAUUCCAGGCAACUUGUGUACAAUUCGGAGUACCGUCAAACCGCAUUCGUAUUGUUGCAACAGAGGCAACACGUACUGCAAUCAACUCGGCGGAGAUCGUCGCAUCGAUUGAGAAGACAACUGGUUACAAAGUUGAACUCUUAGAAAAGGCCCGCGAGGGCCUUCUUGGGGCGUGGGGGAUUGCCAGUGGUUACUCGGAUAUUGAAGGGCUGGCGAUGGAUCUCGGAGGAGGGAGCACCCAAAUUACAUGGGUGGUCUCUCACGGUGCUGAACUUCAUAUAAGCCCGCAAGGAUCCGUUAGUUUCCCUUAUGGUGCUGGGGCUCUUUCAAGGACACUGGCCGAGUUGAAAAAGGGAAAAAGCAAAAAGGAAGCAAACCGUGCCGUCGAGAGACUUCGUCAAGAGAUGGAUAAUAAUUUCCGGGACGCAUACAAUAAGUUGGAAAUUCCGGAACGUCUGGCUGAGGAGGCCAAAAAAAACGGUGGCUUUCGCAUGUAUAUUUCCGGCGGGGGUUUCCGUGGAUGGGGUUAUCUGCUACUCUACCUACAUCAGACAAAGGGUCGCCAUUACCCAAUAUCGAUUAUCAACGGCUACCGUGCCGAAAGCGACGAGUUUGCGAAGACAGAGACCCUGAAGGAGAUAGCUCGGACAUCGGAUCGUAUAUUCCGCGUUUCGGAUCGUCGGCGAAAGCAGGUCCCAGCAGUCGCCUUCCUAGUUAAUGUCCUGGCUGAAUCGCUUCCGCACGGAAUUAAGGAAGUGUACUUUUGUCAGGGAGGCGUCCGAGAAGGAAUUCUUUUUCAGCAGCUCCUACCGGUCAUCCGUCUACAGGAUCCCCUGGAAGUCGCAACAACUCCAUUGAGGACGCGGUCCGCCGACUCUAUCGGCGAUAUGCUUCUUGGGGCUAUUCCAACAUCCUCUGCUGGGAACAGAUUGUCUAUCCCAAGCACACUGAAUGUUCAUGUGAUUCAAGCCUUUGCCAAUUCCAUGUAUGCGCAUGCAGGUAUCUCGAAGGAACUUGCUUCGACUGUCGCACUCUAUAGCACUAGUACUGGUAUACUAGCACAGGCGCAUGGGAUUUCUCAUGGUGACCGAACUCGACUAGCUCUCAUGCUCCAAGAAAGAUAUGGCAGCCACUUACCCCCGCGAGAAGAAAAGGCCAAAUCGGCAUUUCAAGAUCUCUUAAGCGCCCAAGAAGUAUGGUGGAUACGGUAUAUCGGAAAGCUUGGUCUAGUACUAGGCAUUCUCUUUCCUACCGGAAUCAUUGAUUCUUUUUGGCCGCGUGUCUUACUGUCGGUCCAAUGGGCGUCCAAUUUAGGAAAGCGUCAGAAUAAGUUCGGGAUCGAGCUUACAUUCACAGUGCAUGCUACCUCUGAUCAUAUGGCAAUAAAAGAGAUCCUAGAGAGAGCCAAAGGAAAAAUAGAAAAGGUGGGAAAGAAGAAGAACAGGAUUGGAGGCAAAGCUGGGUGGGGGGUAAAAAUAAAGGUAAUCAUCAAUAUUACUUGA